AUGUAUGGUUUAUGUCAGUCCGCUUGCCUAUGGUAUGAGACGAUCAAACGGCAAUUGGAAAGUCUUGGAUUCGAACAAUUACCUGAUGAAAGAUGCAUUUUUUGGUAUGAGGGGAAGAAAAAAUCUGUAUAUGGAGAGGACGUCGGUAAGGUUGGCUGGUUGACCAUGAGAACCAGGCCAGACAUAGCCUUUGUUGUGAAUCGAUUGCAAAGAAGAACUGCUAACCCGAGGAAGCAGGAUUUGGAAGCUUUAUCUCAGCUUCUUCGCUACCUAAAGGGUGCUCCUGAUUAUGGAAUCAACCUCGCAAUUCAGCUUGCAAAGGACACUAAUUAUGACAGUUUAAUUGGCUACGUUGAUUCUUCGUAUAACGACUGCGAAGACGGCAAAUCAACUGAGGCCUACAUUUUCUAUUAUGCCGGAGCACCGGUUUUAUGGAGCUCUCGGAAGCAAGACAUU